AUGAGUGCAGGGUCCACUAUGCACGCAGUGGAGAAGCUGCAGGUGCGUCUGGCCACGAAGACGGACUCGAAAAGCAGAGAAAUGUUUGCAGAAACUCUCCGUACUUUGCCCAUGACGGCAGACAUCCUGGCGGAGACUGGAAUCAGAAAGACGGUGAAGCGCCUGCGGAGCACCAGCACGGGCGACUUUGCCAGAGACUUAGCGGCUCGGUGGAAGAAGCUGGUGCUUCUGGACCUGAACACCGGGCCUGAUGCACACGACCCCAGGAGAGCGCUCGAAAGCGCUAUGGGGGAGGCUCUUCAGGACCAGGAAAAGGCCUGGGGAUUCCCAGAGAAUGGGACGGUCCCCAGGAGCCCACCUGACAGUCCUGAGCCCGCUGUGCCCGGGAAGCAACUGAAGAGCCACGCCUACGCCGCCCAGGUGGGCUCUGCUGGGUCAGGCUGCCAGGGCCAACCUCAGGGGGAAGCGCUUUGUGAGCCACAGCAAGGGGCACAAACGCCCGCUUGGCUUCACAAGAAAUUGCCUCCUGUCCAGGAAAGCCAGUCAGAGAGGCUGCAGGUGGCCGGCGCUGAUUCCGCCUCGCCUAAAACGGUGCCCAGCCAUGCCUUCUCAGAGCUCUGGGAUUCCCCAGAGGUGAUGCAGGCCAACCACGAUCUGCUUUCCCGCUUUGAGGCCGUGACCUCCCAGGAAAAGCCAGAAGCACUCUCCGCACCAACCUUCCAGGAGGAAGCCGCCUUCACUGGACACAGAGUGAAUGCUAAGACAGGUGUACUGGCCAGGCCUGCCUGCCAGCCCCAGGUGGUGCUGAUCGCCGCGCCGCAGUGCAUCCGGGGGCUUAGACAAUCCGGACGCCUCGGCGCACGGGAGGUCCCCUACUCUCGGGUUCUUGAACCCCUUCCGGGAAGUGGUGGGACGCCUGAUCAGCUGUGCCUGGCAGAGAGAAAUAAUCACGCACCCGCUGGGGACACAGAUGAAUUAUGGAGGAUUCAUUGUCUCCCAGACUUCAAGGAAGAAAAGCCACAGGAGCACGAGUCUUGGCGGGAGCUGUAUCUGAGGCUUCCUCCCGAGCAGCGGUUGCGAGCAGUCACCACGAAAAACUGAUCUGCACGUAAAAACAAACCCAGCGGCCGACAGACAAAGAUGAUCUGUUUCAACUCUGGGGCCAAGACGCCUUAUGAUGCUUCAAGGAGGCAAGAGAAGUCUGCAGGAUCAGCUGGACCCCGGAGAGGAGAGAUCAAGCCAGCCCCCAAACCUCGCGGGCAGCAGCCACGUUCCUCCAGCCGGGCGGCGCGUGGGCGGUGGCCACAGGGCGGUGGCACAGCAGCAGGAGGCAGCAGCAGCAAUGAGCGCCCGGUGCCCGCCGCCAAAACACGGAAACCGGCUGCCAAGAAAGUGGCCCCGCUGAUGGCCAAGGCAAUCUGAGACUACAAGAGAUUCUCCUGA